AUGUCAAAUCCUCUCUUGGCCUCGGCACUCAGUGCUGUUACAGAACAAAAGAUUGUUACUUACGAUGAUUAUGUUAAAAGCCUACAUGAUAAUAAUGUUUAUUAUGCUGAAUUGGAUCAAAAAUCUCUCCACCAGUCUCAUUUAGUUGGUGGUAAGGUACCCAACGACAAAGCAUCUAUAUAUCAACCUUAUUUUGGUUGUAAGUUACCUAAAAUUCCUAAAAUCGAAAAAAAUUUCGAAUUAGGUGGAUUAAAUAAAUUAGAUGAAGGUGGACAAAUAUUCGUUAUAUUAUUAAAUGGUAAAACUGCAACAUUAAAAGUCAAAUUCACCAUGACAAUUUAUCAAUUUAAAUUGUUAAUUCAAGAUAAACAAGAUAUUCCACCAAAUUAUAUACGAUUAAUUUUUGCUGGUAAACAACUUGAAGAUGGACGUACUUUAGGAUCUUACAAUAUACAAAAUAGUUCGACUAUUUAUUUACUAAUGAGAUUAGAUGGCGGAAGUCCCACUUUAUUAUAUCUUCUUCCUAAUCAUCUUGCUCCAGAAUUUGAUUAUGAUUUUACAAAUAAAAAUGAUAAUGGCAAGACUUUUGUUCGAGGAAAAUUUGAAUAUAAACGUCCUUGUGGUUGGAAAAGAAUCGCUCUUAAUGUUCUUGACAAAUAUGAGAAUGAUAUUUGGCUUGGCGUUGAAGGUCGAAAAUCUUCAACAAGUUCGGUACAAAAUGAAUGGCCAGUUUCUUAUCAUGGAACUGCCAAACAUAAUUGUAAAUCAAUUGCUGAAGAAGGUUAUGAUUUGUGCAAGUGUAAACGAUUCGUAUUUGGAUAUGGAAUUUAUUCAACACCAGAUAUUGAUGUCGCAUCUAGUUAUGCUACUAAAUUUAUUCAUGAAGGAGAUACAUAUAAAGUUGUAUUUCAAAAUCGAGUUAAUCCAAAUAACUUAGUUAGAGUUACUAAGGAAGAGACUGGUUUUGGUGAAUAUUGGAUUUCGUCAAGUGGAGCAGAUUUACGUCCGUAUGGGAUCUGUAUUAAGAAAAUUUAA